CAACAACAACAACAGCAGCAGCAGCAGCAACAACAGCAACAGCAGCAGCAGCCCCAGCAACAACGACGAGAGCAACAGUCCGCCGAGGAGGAACUCAAAACUCCGCCACCACUUCUUCAACAUCAUCCUCUAAGCGUUAUUAUGCCUUCAGGACUAGGGUCAGGAUCAUCGCAUACUACUCCAGGUACUCCAACACUUCCUCUGCUGUUUAACAAGGGGGCUCAGUGUUGGAUACCGGUUGGUCCGCAGAUUGCAACUCCCCUCGCGACGUGGCAUCAAGAAGCACAAGAGUAUGUCGCCGCUCCCGAAUGCUAUUGGAUUGCAGGUUUAACCCCACAAACCCGACAAGGAUGCCGAGAGUCGAGCGCAUCAGUCUCUGGAAACGUCGCGCCGUUGCCUGACAUCCAAUCGGAAGUCAAAAAAAACGACUGUUGUUCGCCAAGGACGCCAGUGGCCACUUCCUUUGAUUCUAGCAGAACCGAAAAUACGUCACCUUAUAGCUGGAGCAUCGAUGACGUGGUCGCUUUUAUUGGAGGUGUGCCAGGUUGUGCGAAGCAUGCGGAAGCGUUUCGCUCGCAAGAGAUUGAUGGAGAGGCUUUGCUUCUCUUAGAUGUUGAUCAGCUUGUAGCUCGGCUGGGCAUGAAAUUGGGGCCUGCUGCGAAAGUAUGGGCCCGUCUCAGUAAACUGACAGGCCAUUCGUGACCCGUCCUAAAGACUAGACAACGUGCGUGGCACUUGAUGUUCCAAUUAUUAUGCAUUGCGCGGAAACUUACUCUAUAAAUUUAUACCAUUAAUUACGUAUUGCAAAUUUUAUUAACUCUACAAAAUUGUAACAUACAGGUAUAGUAUAAUAUAUAGGGUUUGAGGUGUUUACGUAGCCCAGUGCCAUUGAACAAAGCUUAUUUCGCUAAAAUGCACCUCUUCGAAAAAAAUUUCAAUAACAAUGCAUCAAUAACGUAGUCUGCCGACGACAAAACAGCUGUUGGACUAUUGGGCAAAUUUACCUUGUUGUGAAUCUGGUAUUAGCAAUCGGUAUUGAUUUGCUACGUACUAUCACAACUCUCGCAUGGCGACAUGUAAAAAUAAUCUUCUAACACUGAAUUAGAUUUGAAUAUUGCUACCCUUGUAGCACGGUGAUAGUGCUAUCAUAUCUCGACUGACGAUUCAACAAAAGCAACGACAUAAAAAUGUGGUCCUGUUUUUUUUGACCACGGUACCCUUCUUUUUGGGGGUUUAGGUUAGACCGCUGCGUUACACGAUCGUGGCCUCAAGGAUCAGUUACGAACGCACCUGCUAUCUCUCUAAAAAGUCCAUAUCCAAAGAAACAUUACUUUGGAGUCCACGCGUUUUUUGUUUGACUAAUGUUACCUCGCUUUUUUGGGAGCAACGGUCGCACGCGUCCAGUUUUUCGUGGCAUACUGAUCCACACUGGUGAAUGCAAUAUGUCAGUGAAUGAAACUGUCUAGCUAAGAAUCUUGAGGAAUACGUUUUAUGAUAAAGUUUUGGUGUUUAUGUUUAUCUGAGUGUUCUUUUUUUAUAAGCCGCAAAUCAACGUUGGUUGCAGA